AUGUCCACAAAAGAUGAUUGCUCAAGACGUGUAAGAUCUAUACAGAGUUACCAUCAGGAUAGUAAAGGUUGGCAGGACAUAGGCUACAACUUCCUUGUGGGCGAAGACGGCAACGUCUACGAAGGACGAGGAUGGAAAGCAGGAGCCCAUACGAAGUCGUACAAUUCGAAAUCCAUAGGGAUAUGCUUUUUGGGAACGUUUAGUUCUAAAUUGCCCAAUACAGCAGCUUUGAAUGUUACUAAGGAAUUGAUAGAGUGUGGUAUCGAAAUGAAUAAAAUUCGAUCAGGAAACGGAUAUAAAUUAUUAGGACACCGACAAGCAUCAGCCACUGAUUGUCCUGGACAAUCGUUGUACGAUGAGAUCAAAACUUGGCCUCGGUACGAGCCUAACCCUUAAAUAAUAUGAUAAAACAUUAUGUAAAAUUUGAAAAUUAA